AUGGAAGAUUACCGACGGCAAUUUGAGGUCAAUGUCUUUGGUCCAAUUGCUCUAACCAAGGCGUUUCUACCGCAUUUCCAUGAGACAGGAGAUUCGAAUACCCCUCCAUUGGUCAUUUUCACCAGCUCGGGAGCGGCACACUUUGGACUGCCCCUGAUGAGCCCUUACAUGGCAAGCAAGUCUGCGCUAGACCUCUUUGCUGAGUCGGUAUCAUACGAACUAGCUGCUACCAAUAUCAUAACCAAGAUCGUGGUGCCGCAUGGCGGGAUCAAGUCAACGAAUUUUGCAGCAAGCAGUAAUGCGGCACCUAUCACGAUUCUCUUGAGCACACGGACUGAUCUACAGAAGCGCUACGGUGCGUAUGUCGGGAAGGUCUUUGGAGUUAUGGGAUCUAUGGCAACGGAGAGUAUGCCUGUGACCAAGCCUGCUGAGAAAAUAUUCGAGGCCGCAACAGACGGCACGAUGAAGCUCCGAUACUUCGUCGCACCCGAGGGUGGCGGGGCCAACCUCGCUGCUAGAAUGGCCGGUACAAGGGAUGGGGAGAACUUGGAUGAUGCAGAUGAGAGAUAUAUGGAAUUCAUGAGGUCAAAGUUUGCAGCAUCAUCCCUCCUAUAA